CUUUCAAGUUCCACCAACCUUUUUCUAAUUCAACAAAAGUCAUUAAUGGCACCUUUCCAACAAAAAAGCAUCCUAAAAUGCUCAUAUUUUUAUCACCAAAAUUAUCCAACCAUGGUUUACUUCCUUGCACUCUUCUUCCUCUUAGUCCAAGCUUCUACAUCCCAACCCACCGAGCUAUUCUUUCCCGGGUUUUCAGGCACGAAAUCCGACAACUUAACACUAACGGGAGCUGCAAAGAUUGAAGAAAAUGGCAUCCUGUGCUUAACCGAUGACACCGGUCCUUCACUUGGUCACGCUUUUUACAGCUACCCAUUUAGACUUAAGAGUUGGACAAAAAGCAAAGCUUUUUCCUUUUCUACCUCCUUUGCUUUCGCUAUAGUUCCCGAGUAUAAGGGGAUAGGCGGUCACGGCCUUGCUUUCGUAAUCGCCACUUCUAAAGAUCUCAAAGCACUUCCGAGGCAGUAUCUCGGAAUCCAAAACGCGACCGAAGUCGAAGACAGCCCCUCGAACCAUGAUGUCGUGGCGGUCGAGUUUGACACGGCUCAGGAUCUUGAGUUCCGAGACAUCAACGACAACCAUGUCGGCGUCGAUAUCAACAGCUUGAACUCGAAUGCCUCGGUUCCUGCAAGUUACUACACGCAUGGUUCCACGAAGCAAAAUCUUACUCUCAUGAGUGGAAAAGCAAUCCAAGCUUGGGUCGAUUAUGAUUCGGAUGAAAACAUGCUCAAUGUGACGAUCGCACCAAAUUCAACAAGACCGAGAUUCCCCAUCUUGUCGUUUCAUGUAGAUCUUUCACCGUAUUUUCACGAGUUUAUGUACGUUGGUUUCUCGGCUUCGACCGGGUUGCUUGCUAGCUCGCAUUAUAUCUUAGGUUGGAGCUUUAAAAUCAACGGAGAAGCUCAGGGUCUUGAUCUAUCUUCUUUACCUUCACUUCCUGAACCGCCAAAGAAGCAUACAACUUUAAUUGUGGUUGUCUCGGUUUCAUCAGCCAUUCUAGUUAUAUUAGCCGUAUCCGCUGCCAUUUAUUUCGUUAUCAAAAUCAAGAACGAAGAUGUUAUCGAAGAUUGGGAGCUGGAGGUUGGACCAAAACGGUACUCUUACCAAGAACUCAAGCUAGCAACCAAAGGCUUCAGUGCCCAAAACUUACUCGGCCACGGUGGUUUCGGCAGUGUUUACAAAGGGAAUCUUCGAGAUUCAAGGACAAUGACUCAAGUGGCUGUCAAACGAGUUUCUCAUGAGUCGAAGCAGGGUUUACGUGAAUUCCUAUCGGAAAUCGCUAGCAUCGGACGACUCCGUCAUCGGAACUUGGUUCAAUUAUUGGGUUGGUGUAGGAGAAGAGGUGAUCUCCUUCUUGUUUAUGACUUAAUGGCUAAUGGCAGCUUAGAUAAGUUUUUGUUUGACGAGCCUAAAACGACCCUGAAUUGGGAGCAUAGAUUCAGGGUUAUAAAGGGAGUCGCUUAUGGACUUCUCUACUUGCAUGAAGGAUAUGAACAAAGUGUGAUCCAUAGAGAUGUUAAGGCCAGUAAUGUUCUACUAGACGAUGAAUUGAACGGAAUAUUAGGAGAUUUUGGCCUAGCAAGGUUGUACGAACACGGUUCGAAUCCUAAAACAACUCGGGUCGCCGGCACGUUGGGGUAUUUAGCACCGGAGGUAUCCCGGAUGGGAAAGGCGACAACAAGCUCGGACGUAUAUGCCUAUGGUGCACUCUUACUCGAGGUUGUGUGUGGACGUAGGCCGAUUGAGCCUAAGGCAUCACCUUUAGAAUCAGGGUUGGUUGAUUGGGUACGGGAGAAGUACAGAGAAGGCAGCGUCUUUGAUGUGGUUGACACUAGGCUCAAUGGCCAAUACGGUGAAGAUGAAAUGUUGAUGGUGCUUAAAUUAGGCCUAAUUUGCUCAAAUGACGUGCCUGUUGCACGGCCUAGCAUGAGGCAAGUAGUGAAAUAUCUUGAUGGGGAAUCCGAGUUACCGGACCAUUCUGUUUCUGUCUCGCCAUCGUCAUAUGGUAUUAGAGUUUGAAAUCUAUUAGAUUGUUUCCUUGUCUCCUUCUUGUUUUCACCAAAUCUAAUGUGGUUUCUCGUGUGCGCAUUAUUG